GGUCGCGUAUGGACUUGAGUGCACAGUGCAUCUUCAGGGCGCAGACUGUAUGCGCUAAAAUUGUUCGGGUAGCCCAAGCCAUCGCAGAUUUAGCUUCAAGAACUUCACCCAAGUACAGCGACAAGUCGAAAUGCCCAAGCGAAAACGAGACAACGACACAAGUCUCGCCUCGGUUCUUGAGAACCAUCAAAAUGAGGUGUCAAAGGCGCUGAAGGCUUCCAAGGGCUUCGAGCGGCAGCGCCUCAGCAAGAGGCUGCGCGAGGAUGGGCUGCAACCCGAUAAACAGGAACGAUUAGAACGGGAAGUGGCAGCAUUGAAGUCCUUGGACCUUCAUCGCACAGCCCGUGUGCACUUGAUAUCGUCGCUUCUCAAAGUCAAGUCCAUCGCGACCUCGGCCGAUCUCCCGGACGAACUUCGAACCGCGAUAUCCAAACCCGAACUGCCCGAGGCGGAGCGAGUGGCCCUACACAAUGUCACCAGUGCUCUGUACAACCGAGAGCCGGUCAGACGGGCAAUCAACCAAGCCAUUGCGGCGGUUUGCGGCGUGCUCAACGUACCAGCGCCUGCCAAAGGCAAAAGAGUAAGGAAGGAUGCGCGGGCGGAGCAGGAAGAGCAGCCCUCCGAUCGGAUGCAACACCAGCCGGCGGAUGAGGCUACAUCGAAGAGCUCUGGGAUGCCCUACCAGGACGAUGACGAAACCGACUUUGAGGGAUUCGGCUCUGACGUCGAUCAGCCUGGCCCGACUGUGGAGGCGCCAGACAACGAUGCAGAAGCCGACGAAGAAACACAAUACUCGCACUACGAUGAUCUUCUUGGUAGCUCGGAAGAUGAAGACGAUGAAGAAGAAUUCGACUUGUCAAAAUUUGCACACCUGAAAGGCAGAGAAACGGCCAACCUCGACGACAUUUCGCUAUCCGGUUCUGCGUCUGAUGUUGAGUCGGAAGCAGAGUCUAUCGUAUCGGGGGAACAAUCACGUUCACCAUCGCCCUCGCCUCCCCUCAAGAAGAAGAAGAAAGAACCGAAAGGAGAUUCCGCAUCCGGCCAGCCUGGCCCCGCUAGGGAUUCUACGUUCCUCCCGUCUCUUAUGGGAGGCUAUAUCUCAGGCUCUGAAUCGGCCUCGGAUAUUGAGGAAGCGAAGCCGAAGAAGCGGCGCGGCCAACGAGCGAGGCAAGCCAUCUGGGAACAAAAGUACGGUUCCGGCGCGAAACAUCUGCAGAACCUCCCAAAGAAGGGCGGUAGGGACUCAGGUUGGGACAUGAAACGAGGCGCCGUGGACGGAGACGAUCAGGGGCGCAAGACGCCUUGGAAGAAGGGUAUUCACAAUCCCCUAGGAAAACAUGCGGGCUUCGCGGGUGCGGCCACGGUGAACCGACCCAUGCCCAAAUCAGAUCCGAAGAAGACAACGAGGGACGACGAAGGCCCGCUGCAUCCCAGCUGGGCAGCGAAGAAGAAGGCGCAAGAAUCACAAAAGGCAGUCGCCUUUGCUGGGCAGAAGGUGGUGUUCGAUUAGAUUCUGGUUGCUACGAAGCGCAUAAGUCGCGAAUGGAUUCGCCAUUGUUGCCAUGUCCCUUGUGCUUGUGCGCGACAGGCUCAAGCUACUGGUACCUGCUGCAUAAUUGCCCCAGUUCCUUCCUG